CCCUUUUCAUUUUGGAAAAAUUGGUGAAAGUAAUUCGGAAUCAAGAUGGUUGCACACUCUAAACUUUACGAAGCUCUACCUGAGGGGUUUGGCUAUGUGCUAUUAACAGGCGCAGGCAGUGUCUUUGUGAACAUGUGGAUGGCGAUUAAUGUGGGCAAGGCCAGGAAGAAGUAUGGUGUAGAGUAUCCAGACCUCUACAGUAAGGACAGCAAGGAAUUCAACUGCGUACAGAGAGCACACCAAAACACCUUAGAGAGCUAUGCUGGCUACCUGUUCCUCCUUUCAGUCAGUGGUCUACAAUAUCCUAAAAUCAGUGCCGUUGCUGGAUCCACUUACUUACUGGGACGUAUACUAUACGCUAAGGGUUACUACACUGGAGAUCCCAAAAACAGAGUGUUCUCAAGUAUCAGUUGGCUAGGCAGUUAUGACAGACAGCCAAAAUAUUCCUCAGAUAGACAUUUAACACUAAAAUUGUAA